ACGCUCCUCAAGACAGUCAGCCAGUGUGUUUGUUUAUGGUCAAGUGGUGCUAAUAGAAGCCGAAAGUGUUUCAACAUGUUAAAGUUUGUUGCCGUAGUUUGCUGCCUGAUGGCCGUGGCUUGGGCCAUGCCAGCUGGCGAGCUGUCGCCGGCGGUUGAGACACCGGAAAACCCGACGGUACUGCUCGUCCAGGCAGCUGAGGCGGACGAUAGUGACGAUAUGGCCGUUGCCGAGACGGCGCACCAUGGUGGCGGUUACGGAGGAUACGGGGGUGGCUUUGGGGGAUACGGAGGUGGCUUCGGAGGAUACGGGGGUGGCUUCGGAGGAUAUGGAGGCGGUUUCGGUGGAUAUGGUGGAUAUGGUGGAUAUGGAGGUGGAUACGGUGGAUACGGUGGAUACGGACACCAUCACCACCAUCACGGUCAUCACGGAUAAGCUGUGCGAAGCAGCAACCGUUUCGGAAAAGGGAACUAUUUCGCUAUCCCCGUCGCACUGCACUGUGAUCCGAGUCUUCAGUAUCUGUGGACUUCUACCGAGAAUUCACACCUUUAUGCAACCCAUUCUCGACGUUCAACGACUUCAUCAACUGUACCACCUCGCCAAGACGUAAAGCUGCCUGGAAGACGUAUUUAUUUGUCUGGAUAUUAUUGUGUUUCUUGAAUAAAGAAAUCCCUCUCUUAGAAGCAUAACAGCCCGGUGUGCGUGUGUCUGUGUCUGUGCGUUUGUGGUCAUCAUCCAAUUUAAAAUAGCGUUUCAGCACCGAUAAUCUGCCGAAUGGGUCCGCCUAAAACCCGUUUUUGGGUUCAUCGUUCUGGAAACCUUCAAGCGACACGUGUAUGACACAGUUCCAAAACCGAAACAUGAUACAACAGCUCACAGCAGCAAA